GGACUGGAGCCCACGAUGGAGGCAGCGGGGCGAGGCCGGGCUCUGUGGCUUCCCGGAGGCGUGUCGCGCCGGGGCGGGGCGGACAGGGGACCUGGAGGAGGAAGAGGGUCAGGUGCAGCCGGGAGCAGCGGAGCAGGCCGAAGGCGGGCGAAAGCGGGGCUCCUAUCCUGCCGCGACCCUCCCCAGCCUCCUCUCCUACUCCCGGAGGGAGCCCAAUUGACCGUUUCCAGGUCCCCCGCGGGCGGGGGCCCCUCGAGAGCCCCGGGGUGGACCAUGGCGGUGAGAUUCCAGGUGGUGGACAUGGAGGAGGUGACAAUCUGGGAGCAGCACACGGCCAGCCUCACCAAGGACCCGCGCCGAGGCUUUGGCAUGGCCAUCUCGGGAGGCCGGGACAGGUCCGGCGGCUCCGUGGUGGUGUCUGAUGUGGUUCCGGGAGGCCCAGCCGAGGGCCGGCUGCGGCCGGGGGACCACGUGGUCAUGGUGAACGGGGUCUCCGUGGAGAACAUGACGUCAGCCUUCGCCAUUCAGCUUCUGAAGACCUGCACCAAGAUGGCCAAUAUUACGGUGAAGCGGCCCCGGAAGGUCCAGCUGCCGGCCACCAAGCCGGGCGCCCCCAGCCCAGGCCGCCAGGACUCAGACAAGGAGGACGCUUGGCGGCAGCAGGAGGAGGCGGAGUACGGCCGGGGCUACGAGGGGGACUCGUCCAGUGGCUCCGGCCGCUCCUGGGGCGAGCGUUCCCACCGGCCAAGGGCAGCGCGCCGAGCCCGGGCUGGCAGCCAGGGCCGCAGGAGCCCGGGUGGCGGGUCUGAGGCCAACGGGCUGGCCCUGGUGUCAGGCUACAAGCGGCUGCCCCGGCAGGAUGUGGGCAUGAAGCCCGUGAAGUCGGUGCUGGUGAAACGGCGGAACAGCGAAGAGUUCGGGGUCAAGCUGGGAAGUCAGAUCUUCAUCAAACAUAUCACGGACUCUGGCCUGGCCGCCCGGAACCGUGGACUGCAAGAAGGGGACCUCAUCCUUCAGAUCAAUGGGGUAUCCAGCCAGAAUCUGUCGCUGAGUGACACCCGGCGGCUGAUAGAGAAGUCGGAAGGGAAGCUGACGCUGCUUGUGCUGAGGGACCAAGGCCAGUUCCUGGUGAACAUCCCGCCGGCCGUCAGUGACAGCGACAGCUCUCUCAUGGAGGACAUCUCGGACCUCAACUCGGAAAUAUCACAGGCGCCGCCUUCGCACGUCCCACCCCCACCCCGGCACCGGCAGCGAAGCCCCGAGGAGGCCAGCGAGACGGACUCCCCCGGGGGGAGCCCCAGGCCCAGGCGGGAAAGGUCCGUAGAUUCCAGAACCAUCUCAGAACCUGACUCGCCCGGUGGAAGCAGCAGGGACAGCAGCAGGGACGUCUACAGGGUCCCCAGCCGCCAGAGCCUGGAGGCCCGCGGGUAUAGCCCCGACACGCGGGUGGUCCGCUUCCCCAAAGGCGCCAACAUCGGGCUGCGGCUGGCCGGGGGCAAUGACGUGGGCAUCUUCGUGUCUGGUGUGCAGCCCGGCAGCCCGGCCGAAGGGCAGGGCAUCCAGGAGGGGGACCAGAUCCUGCAGGUGAAUGACACACCGUUUCGCAGCCUCACUCGAGAGGAGGCUGUGCAGUUCCUGUUGGCGCUGCCGGCUGGGGAGGACGUGGAGCUGCUCACACAGCGGAAGCAGGACAUCUUCAGGAAGAUGGUGCAGUCCCGAGUGGGCGACUCCUUCUACAUCCGCACGCACUUCGAGCUGGAGCCGAGCCCACCUUCAGGCCUGGGCUUCACACGCGGCGACGUCUUCCACGUGGUGGACACGCUGUACCCGGGCCCUGGGCACGGCCUCACCCGGGGCAGCCUCUGGCUGGCGGCGCGCGUGGGCCGUGACCUCCGGGAGCAGGAGCGGGGUGUCAUCCCGAACCAGACCAGGGCCGAGCAGCUGGCCAGCCUGGAGGCAGCGCAGCGGGCCAUGGGCCUUGGUCCGGGCUCGGCCUCUGGCUCCAAUGCCCGUGCCGAGUUCUGGCGCCUGCGGGGCCUUCGCCGCGGAGCCAAGAAAACAAGCCAGCGCAGCCGGGAGGACCUGUCGGUGCUGACCAGGCAGGGCCACUACCCGCCCUACGAGCGCGUGGUGCUGCGAGAAGCCAGCUUCAAGCGCCCGGUGGUGAUCCUAGGGCCUGUGGCAGACAUCGCCAUGCAAAAGUUGACAGCAGAGAUGCCUGAGCAGUUCGAGAUUGCAGAAAGUGUAUCUCGGGCUGACAGCCCCUCCAAGAUCAUCAAACUGGACACUGUACGGGUCAUUGCAGAGAAGGACAAACACGCUCUCCUGGAUGUGACCCCGUCGGCCAUCGAGCGCCUCAACUACGUGCAGUAUUACCCGAUCGUGGUCUUCUGCGCCCCCGAGAGCCGGCCGGCCCUCAAGGCCCUGCGCGAGUGGCUGGCACCCGCCUCCCGCCGCAGCUCGCGCCGCCUCUACGCGCAGGCCCAGAAGCUGCGGAAGCACAGCGGCCACCUCUUCACAGCGACCGUGCCCCUGCACGGGACCGGCGGGUCCUGGUAUGAGGAACUCAAGGCGGUGGUCCGGGAGCAGCAGGCGCGACCCAUCUGGAGCGCCGAGGACCAGCAGGACAGUGCCUCCGAGGACAACCUGGACCUUCCUAGCCGCGGCCUGGCCGCCAGCUCUGCGGACCUCAGCUGUGACAGCCGGGCCAACAGCGACUACGAGGAGACGGACGGCGAGGGCGGCGUCUACACGGACGGUGAGGGCUACACGGACGGCGAGGGCGGGCUCCACACGGAUGUGGACGAGGAGCUCCCAGCGCCGGCCCUGGCCCGGUCCUCCGAGCCGGUGCAGAUGGAGGAGCCCCCGAGCCCGAAGGAUCAUGGGAGAAUCCCGGCUCACCAUGGUGUCCAGGUGGACAGGUGGCACCCCAAGGGCCAGUGGCGCCAGGACAGCAUGCGGACUUAUGAACGGGAAGCCCUGAGGAGAAAGUUUACCAGAGCCCGAGAUGUGGACUCCUCUGAUGAAGAGGGCUACGGCUGGGGCCCGGCCACUGACCUGUGACCCUGCCCGGUUGCCGGCCUGCAGGGCCCUCCUUUGCCUCCCUGAACUCAGCUGUUCGCCCCACAGAACCUAGAGCUCUCCCACACCCUCCUGGCCUUUAAUAAAUACUAUUUUCACAGCA